AUGGCUGACAAAAUAGUUGUUGCUUUUGAUCUAUAUGGGACCUUGCUUUCUACUGAGUCGAUCUCCAAGCAACUAGAGGAACAUUAUGACCAUGCUAAGGCUCAGUCGAUCUCCGCACUCUGGAGGCGGUAUCAGCUGGAGUACACAUGGCGGUUGAAUAGCAUGGGCCGCUAUGAAGACUUCUCAACCAUCACACGUAACUCCCUAGUGCACGCCCUAGCCGACAACGGCGAGCAGCUAAGCGAUGCCGAUAUCAAACACUUGAUGCAAGCUUAUGACGGUCUCUCUACAUUCCCCGAUGUGAAACCAGGGUUGGCUCACAUAGCCGCAGACCCAAGCAUCCAAGCGAUGGUAUUCUCCAACGGGACCAGAACUAUGAUAUCCAACUCGGUGUUGCGGUCCAAGGAUCUUUCGCUGCAGGCGGGUGUCUUCCAAGACAUAGUCACUGUGGACGAGAUCCGGCAAUACAAGCCGUCAAAGGCGAGCUACGAGCACCUCGCAAGGCAGACACGCAAGGACCCAUCACAGAUGGGCAAGCUUUGGCUAGUCAGCAGCAACCCGUUCGACAUCGUCGGGGCGCGCCAUGCAGGCAUGCAGGCUAUUUGGGUUGAUCGUGCUGGGGCAGGCUGGAAGGAUGCUGCAGCUCCGGGUCUACAGCCAACUGCCAUUGUACAGAGUCUGGAGUACAUUGUGGACAAGAUCCAAGCUCAUCAGUCUUAA